CUCCCACAGUACACAGACCAGGAAGAAAAAGUCUUUGAGCACGAGUGAGAAAGUCAGAGACGACACACACAACCUGGCAUAAUUCCUCAGCAAAAUGAAAGAUGCCUGGUACCUCUGGGUCUCAACCACACUCUGUAUCUGGAUCCUGGUAUCAGGACAUCCCUGCAGCAUUGAUGAGCAGGGCUGGGCUGACUGCAGUGGAAAAAGCCUUCUCCAUGUUCCCAAAUCCCUUCCCAAGCACAUCACCAACCUGGACUUGUCUUUCAAUUCUUUAACGGUGCCUCGACAUGGAACCUUUCUGAGAAGUUUUCCAUCUCUUCACUCUCUAAACCUCACUGGCAAUGCCAUUCCUACACUCUAUCCGUCCCUCUUUUUUAACCUUGCUACUCUCUACCUAUUGGAUUUAAGCAACUGCAGCAUUUCCCACGUGCACCCAAAGAGCUUCUUUGGUUUAAAAACCCUUCACACACUCCUCCUGAAAAACAAUAAACUCCAAUCUCUGGAUAUCUCCAUCUUUCCUGGUUCUGGAGCCCUUGUCUUUCUGGAUGUGCAAAACAACAAGCUGCCUUAUACAAAUGAACUUGCUGCAUUAUUUGUACAAAAAAUCUACCACGUCAACUUUCAGGGGAACCCUUGGAUGGACAAUUCCUCCACCAUUCCUUUCCAAGAUGCACAAAGACAAGAUAAACAAACCUUCUAUGAGUCACACCCAGAACUCAGGACUCAAAAGAUAAGGAUACUGGAUGAUCAGGAACUGAGCCACAGAGCAAAAAUUCGGGUCCCUCGAAGUGUAUCAGUUGCACCUGAGAAUGUCUCAUCUACUAGCACACCUCCCGUUGAGAAGACUGGGAGGAGCUGGCCAUACUUUGCUGGUUUUGUUCUUCUGGCAGCUGGGAUAUCCAUCCUGAUUGCACUGGUUGCCAAAUGCAUAUUGUUCCGGAGGAACCGGGCAAGUUACCAGCACCAGCGGCUUCCAGAUUCCCGCUCUGUUGGAAGCAGCCAUGCUGAGGAAGCUGACAUGGAGGUGGCUUACGGCAGGAAUCAGCCUGGUGCAGGCUGUCCUGCUGACGAUGACGACGGUUUCAUUGAGGACAACUACAUUGAGCCCAACAGAGACAUGCGGGAAGAAGAAGAGGAGGAAGAUGUGGAAGUGGAGGAGGAAGAACUGGAACCACAUUUCAAAAUUUGAGAACCCAUGUGGAAUC